AUGUCCCGGUACCUUCUCGGUCGACUAAUAGUGGCCACAGUGGCCAUCACGGUGGCCUCUCUCCGCGGCGUGACGGCCGCCACGCCGUCGCCGGGAUGCGGGAAGACGCCGACGCUGAUCACGGACGGGUCCGCCACGACUCCCCUGACGCUGACCUCCAACGGCAAGACGCGGCGGUUCUACGUCAAGCUUCCCGACGACUACGACAACAGCCACCCGUACCGGCUCAUCUUCGCGCUGCACGCCCUCGGCGGGACCGCCCAGCAGGUCACCACCGGGACGGGCGGCUACCUGCCGUGGUACGGGAUCCCCGACCUCGCGGCCAACGACACGGUGGGCGCCGUCUACGUGGCGCCCGACGGGCUCAACAACGGCUGGGCCAACCAGGGGGGCGAGGACGUGGCCUUCCUGGAGGCCGUGAUGGAGACGGUGGAGCAGGACGUGUGCGUCGACCGGGACCUGCGCUUCUCGACCGGCUUCAGCUACGGCGCCGCCAUGUCGUACACGCUCGCGUGCGCGCUCGGCCGCCGCAUCCGGGCCGUCGCCGUGCUCUCGGGCAGCCCCGUCAUCAGCGGCGGCUGCGCCGGCGCCGGCUCCGGCGCCUCCGAGCCCGUCGCCUACUACGGCCAGCACGGCAUCUCCGACCCGGUCCUCCCCGUCGCCGGCGGCCGCGAGAUGCGCGACCACUUCGUCCGCACCAACGGCUGCGACGCCGGCCGGGGCCCCCCCCGGGAGCCCGCCCGCGGCAGCGGCACCCACGUCAAGACGGUCUACGACGGCUGCGACCCGGACUACCCCGUCGUGUGGAACGCGUUCGACGGCGACCACACCCCGCAGCCCGUCGACCGGGGCGCCACCACCACUUUCUCGGCCGUCGAGACCUGGGAGUUCUUCUCGCAGUUCAAGUAA